AUGGCGAUAAAUACGAUAUGCGCUAGAUACCUGAACGCGCUUAAUCAGGGGAACUUAGACGAGGUUCGCAGCUUAUUUAGUGCAGAAGCAAAGGUUGUUUCUCCCCUUUACGGUGAACGCUUGGCUUUUGAUUUUUACGCUAACCUUUUCAAAGACACAGCAAGAUCAGAAACUAAACUGCUGAACGUGUUUGAUGCAUGCGAAACAACGAACUCAAUAGCUCUGCAUUUUCGUUACCUUUGGACAUUGGCCAAUAAACAAUCAGUAGAGUUUGAAUGUGUUGACGUUUUUGAGCUAAAUGAUAGUCACGAUAAGUUCACCAAACUGACCAUAAUUUAUGAUACCGCACCGCUGCGUCAAGAUUUCAAUAAUUCAAGAUUAAGUUGA